UGAUGGCAACAUUGAAGAAGGUUUCUGCUGACGUGAUUCUGAACACGGUUAAGGAGGCAGCUGCGCGAGUAUUGGUGGCGGAGAGGAAAGUCAGCCAUCUUCAGUACAACUUGAAAGUUACCAAGGACGAUUCUCUCCGAAUGAUGCUACUCUUGAAACAAACAAUUAAUUCCAAGAUCACUGAAGCAGAGAAUAUGGCAUUGAGUCAUCAAGAAAGGAUUGAAGAACUCGAAGGAAAACUCAAUACUGCUGAGGAUACAAUAGAAGACCUUAGAGCAGAAUUGAAAGAGAUUAAUGAAAAGAUGGAUAAGAUGAAUAACUCUUAUCGAAAUGAUUGUACUAAACUGGUGCAUGCCUAUCAAAGAGUAAAAGGGAAAAGUUCACAUACUUUGAAGCCUCAAAUUCUUAGAAGUUUCCAUAGAAGAAUGAGAAGGAGAAGAAUCUUUAGUAAAUGCAGAUCACUUCUGAAGCCAUGUCAAACUUCUGAAGAUGGACUAAGAACUGAUCAGAUAAGUUCAGUUGUUGAAACAAAAACUCUAAGCCCGUUGGAUAUGUUUUCUGAACCUAUAUUAACAGGUUCUUCAGGAGAUGACUCAUGUUUGGUGGAUGUGGUUGUAAUGGAAGAACAAGCUAUUGAGGACACUGCAUUGGUUGAUGUGGAUAUAUCUUUAGAAGAUGUGGAAAAAUCUAAUCAGAAUGGUGUAUGCAAUCCACUGGAUGUGAAUUCCCAAUCAAAAGUUGUACAAGUUAUGGAAAAUAAACAAAGAGACAGUUUUAAACUUCCAAAGCAGCUCACAUUCAACAGAAAGCGUAGAAGAGAUUAUACUCUCGGUAGAUCUUUUGCAGAGACUAGUAAGAAGAUUCGGACAACAGGAAAAGAAAAUGAUCCAGAAUCAACAAUUUCUGAGUUAAAUCAGAAAUCAUCUAGAGUCAAUAGAAGAUUGGUGCAAAUUGCUCAUCAGCUUCUAUCUUUGUCUCGGGAGAGCCGUUGAUGAAGCAGGAUCAAGAACAAUGUUGGUUACCCUAUACAAUUUGUAGACCUUUCAGAAGCUCAAGUAACCAAUAUUUCUAAGGGUACAACUUUUUUAUGUUUACAACAAUUUAUUGCCUUCAGUACUAUAAAUAUUUUGUGGUUCCUAGUACUCUAAGUAGGAGCUUUUAUUUUUAGACCAAAGAUCAAUUUGAAAUAUUUUUGAAAAUAAUCUUGUGGAUUGAGUUUAUUUGUUACUUUGGUAAACAAUAUGUAUCUUGACAUAUUUUCAUUUAGUAGAAAUAUUUAUGC